AGACACUAUAAACAUGGCGACCGCGGAAGGAUUCAGGACACAUCGUACAACUCGAAGCGAUUCUCAAAAGAGCGGGCAAACCACGCUUUCCAGAGGAUGGGGUAAGCAAGCAGCUCAGAGACUCGACACGAAGGACCAGUUCAAGAACGACCCCCUUCUUAAAACUUUGGAAGGAAAAAUUGCCGUCAAUUUUGGUGAUUAUAAACCAUGGCAACGCACUACUCAGUCAAGAUUUCAGAACGAAGGACAGACCAGGAGAAAAAGUGCCAGUCGUCCUUUGUCAGGGCAGACUGUGGUAUCUCUUGGAAGUGCUCCUGGAUUUUCUCGGGAAAAAACAAUAAAAAUAGGACCACGGCCAUUUAGUGCAGCUACGAGUACGGCUUGUUCGACGGUUUGCAAUCACCCAUGGACGAAAAAACCCCCAGUUGUUGACGAUGCUGAGGAGAAGAAGAAGGAAAAUGUGUUGUCUAUAUUAAAGGUAUUUCCUGAUAGGUGCAAUGACCUGGUUAUAAAAUGUACUAAGCUUGAACAGUACUCUAGGGCUAAGAGUGACAGUUUCAGUGCAUGUAAAGUUGAUGCUUAGCUGUAAGAAAGUCAAACAACAACAAAAACAACAACAACAAUAACAAAGUUAAGAACAUUUGAUCAUCAUCAUCAGCAUAUUUCCAUAAAGAGUAGGUGAAGGUAGGAUAGGAAACACGUUUGCACUUGUUUUGCUCUAGUUGUUAUUAUUAUAGCACAAUUUACUAUUAAUUCAACAACAUAAAUAAAAUAAAAAGAAAUUUCAUCCUCUUUGCAUAUUUCCACACAGGGUGAAAAAGAGUGGGGUAGAACACAGGAGUCUUAGUUUUUUUCUUUUUUCGAGAUUUUUCACUAGUUAUAGUAUCUCCCUUUGUUUGCCCUUAUUUCUCUUGCACUCUGUUUUCCAUCAUGUUUAUAUCCUCAAAUUUAUUGACUCAACUCAAAUAAUUCCAGAGCAAACAGAUUGCAAGAAAGACAAAUAAAUAUAUAAAAAUAAAGACUUCAUGUAUAAUAAUAUUUAUUUCUCAAUGGUGUGUGGUUUAAUAAAGGUAAUCUAGAUCUAGUGUGAUUCUUAUGUUGUGCUUUGAGAGACACACAGUCUUUCUUUAUUCACAAAUAUUAGAUUUAAUGGUACUUGCAAACUUUCAAACAAACUUUACAGAUUACAGUAGGCAGGUUAAAGACAUACCUCUGGCUAAUAUCUCAGCGAAAGGUUACUAAAGAGUGCACUAUUAUUUCUCCAGAUUCAAAUUAAAACAAGACAGAAAUCAAUAGCUGAGUAUGAAAACAGAAAGAAAGACCUGUAUCUUUUGAGGAUUUUGAUAUUUUGUUUUGGUAAAACUUUAUUUGUUAGUAUCAUCUGUCUCUCUGAGUAUCUUGUGUGCCCUUAUUUUGAAGGGGUAUUUAUAUCUUCAUAUGCAAGUAACAAGCAGUGGUGGAGUCUUGUCAUUGGAGAGAACUAAUCCUUUAUGCCCUAACAUGCAUAUUCUCCAUAUUUUUCUCUUUUUUUCUGAGGUGCUGACAUAGAAAUUUGGUUUGUAUAUAAAAGUAAUGAGCUUAUUUAGUUGGUGAUCAUUUCCUUUCUUUUUGUGACUGUAAUUUGGGACUCAGAGGUCAAUAUUGUAAGGAGAAAUUAAAUGCUAGUCACUCUCAGGGGUCAAAGGGUUGAACAUUACUGCAGGUAUAUGAACACCAGGGGUAUGACGGGGAAACAUGGUGGCCUUUCUGUUGAUCUGCUCAACUCCAGAUUGAAAGGUACUGGUCUAUAAAAGUACCAGCUGAGGUAACUAUCUUGUGCUCUUGUAUAGGACCCCCUUCUUGUAUUGUAUGAACAUGUGAGUGACCUCCUUAACUGUUUUACCAGACUUAUUGAAAACAUGAAGAUCACUGAUGAGAUUGAAUCAUCAGAGAACAGGAUUGUGAGUUAAAUUGCAACUGCAUCUUCUUACAUUCUUGUUUUGCUACUUUUGUCAUUACUCCUGAUAGUAUAGACAAUCAUUUUUGCCCAUCAAAAGGUUUAAUCUCAACCAGAGCUUUUAAUGUAUAACCUACUGUUAUUUAAUUUUUUUAGCAUGGAGAUGUGAAGUCUUUACUUAGGAAAUAUGAAAGAUUCAGGGUAAGUUACAUUUACCUGAAAUUUGAUUUGAAAUGUUUUAGUCAGGCUUUGGCUAGGAAGAUUGUAUGUAAAAGCCAGUUGAUAGUAAUCUUUACCAUAUAACAUGUUGUAUUUAAUGCUAGUAUAACUAUUGGCUUAACAUUUGAACUUCCAUGAGUGACCGAGAUCACUGGGACAAAGUGUCUCUCUAUCAAGCAGACAAGUAAUGAGAAUAAAGAAAAAUAUCAAUUAUAGGAUUAUUACAGUAGUUGAACCAAUACCCAAUUCUCCAAACCAACAUUACAAGAAUUGUAUGGUGGAGAGUAAGGAGAAUUACUCAUGAUCAAGAUCUUGGAGAUGAAAAAGUGAAGGAGUAUCUGGAAAGCGUGAUGUAUUAAAUGUAAAACUUACCCAACAAAGUAUUUUAUAACAUACCUAGUAAAUUUGUUUAAUCAAAUUCAAUUGUGUGAGUGUGCUUCAUAUUCCUAAAAAAAAAUUUUCCAUUAGGUUGAAAAUGUUAUAAAACAAUUGGUUCAUACACCAGCUGUGUGUUCAUCGAGAUAUGAAGCACUUGGGAAGUUUGGAGAGCACUCAAGAAGCUAGAGUUGCUCUUGGCUAUGCCUCAAGCAACUCUUAUGCAUCUUUCGUGCUCUCUAAAUUUCCUGCGUGCUUCAUAUCUCGAUGAACGCAUGCUGAUGUACAUAACCAAUUGUUAAUUUAACAGCAACACCAACAUACUUAAAACCUAAAGAAAACUCUGUUUGCUUAGGUUGUUCUGUAGCUAUGGAACAAGUCUUUUCCUUUUUUUCAGCAUUUGAUUUGUAAUUGAAUGAUUAAGGUAUCAUUUCUUUGACAGGGUGCCAUGUCAACAUUAAAUAAGAAAUUUGAUAAAAACCUUGUUAUAACAAAGAAGAAACUUGAAGAAGCAAAAGAAUUAGUUGACAAAGAAGUAGCAGGUACAUUGAGUAAAACUAUUACUUUCUCUACCUCAAUGGUCUAUGAAACAUUUCUGUUGUGAGUGUGAAACUAUUCUUGAGAAUUAUAAGCUAUUGUUGUCAAUUAGUGAAGUUUGUUCACCAAAAAGUUAGCCUCUAAAACUUUUUUCCUGAACUUCACAAUUUACCUUGAGGGUGAAGUCAUUCUAUGGACAGCACUACUGUAUUCAUCUUGCUAAGUGAGUUUCAUUGUUUACUUUCAUUUAUUUAUCAUUUACCUGAUUAGAGUUACAGCACCAACUGAAUGUAAUGGACAAAAAGUUGCUAAAAAAGAGGGAAGAAAUGAACAUACUGUUAAACUAUAAGGUAAGUUGAAAAUAUGAGGAAGUGAGGCAUUGCAACAGAAUGUAAGAGAAAGACUGAAUGGUAUUUCAUACAUGGAGGGUGUACCAGAGACCACAGGGUUUUGAAUUGUGUGUAUCUAAGCUGGGAUUUGUGGACCAAGGUGUUAAAAAUUGAGUUGGCUUAAAGAUGUUUUAUUACAAGAAAAUCCAGUGCAGAAAGCUUUCUAAAUUUUCCAAUCAUGGUUACUUAGUGAACAAGGCAGACUAAACUUAUGAGAGUAAAAGGGAAGGGGGGGGGGAGAGAAUGAAAGAGAUUCCUCCCAAUGUGAAGUUGUUGUCUUAAUUGUUGAGGGUUCAAAUUCAUGGACUUCUUCCUGAUGGGAAUGCACAGCACCAGGGACUUUAACCACACUCUAGCUCACAAUGUUUUUGUUAUGUUGGUUUGAAGUCCUUGUCAGGGUCACCUUUACCUUGACAAUCACACUACCCUAUCGAAUCCCCAUAUUGUUAAACCUAGUAUUGUGAAAUGUUAUGAAAAUUGAAAUCUUGGUUAUGCUUUUUAUUUGUUGUUUUCUUUGUGUAUCUUAUGUUAGGAUAAAGAAUAUCCUGCAAAGGCACUCCAAAUAGCCAAACUGAAAAGACAAAGGGAAAUUUUAGAGUCGACAUUUAAGGUUAGCAUGAUUCCUCAUGAGACCUAAGACAUCUUAUUAUACUUUAUUAGAUGAUAUCAGAAGUAAUAAUUUUUAUGAAAUGUGUACCCAGAGAAUUAGAGCCACUCAUUGCAGUUAGGCCAUUGAGUUACUGGCUCAUUUGACAAACAUCUUCUAAACUGCUAGUAGGAUUUGAAGGUAGACGUAAUGGUUUUGUGCUAUGAUGGAGUGAGGUGUUAAAUUUGAAUCCUGGUUACUGAAAAGAAUGAUGUUGUUUCUAGUUAGUGAUACAAUCAUACUCAAAAGACAGAAAUUCUGAUGUAUUAAGUGCUGGUAAAAAUAAUUAUUUUAAAUAGAUAUAUGGACUACAGUGACAUUCACUUUGAGUUUUAAAUGUUUUUUUUUUCUCAUGACUUUUUUCUUGAUUUCAUUUUACCAGGAGGAACUAGAAGAAUUACAAGUUGUGGUUGAUGCAGAGAGAGAUAAAUUCAGUCAACAAAGAAUAACUGUCCAACAAGAAAUAACGACACAAGUAACAGAGGUACAUUUAUACAAGAAAUUCACUGUUCAGCAUUACUGGCUAAGUAUCAAGGAGACUGGUGAUGAGGAUUCUCUGGGGGGUGGUGGGGUAGGUUAAGAGUAGGUGACAACAGAAAAAACUGACAGUAGAAGUUUUGUAAAGAGUUGUCUCUUGUUGCAUGGUGUUUGCAGGGUAUCAUAGUUUUAUUUUAUUGUUUUAUUGUGCUUUUGUUUUUUUUUUCAAUCAUGAUUUUUGUUUUUGCAUAUUUUUCAAGCCAAUGGCAAAUUUAAAGGCUUAAGGAGCAAUGGAUUGGUCAUGAAAGACCUUGACAACAUGUACAUAUGUAUCUGCAAAGUGAAAAUAGUUGAUUGUCAGACUUUUGCAUAUGAAAGAAGCAUAUGAGCCCUGUAACAGUCUUUAAUAUGCUCUUUCAUGUUAGGAUACAAUAAAUGCUAUGGGAGAUGAUAUUAAAGAAAUGGCUUUACAAAAUAUGAUCAUGAAAAAGGUAACUUACUUAUGGCUUUACUUGUUUGAUUUUUACUGAAUUUAAUUAAAAUGCUUCCACUUAUGUUGAUUUUGUGUUCUUUAUCUUAAAGGAAGUUGAAAUGCAUAAAGAUGAGCUAAAAUCCCUGGAAAUGAACAAUGCAAAGUUGGAAGCUGAAAUUCGGUAGGAAACCUAUUCCACAUGACCUUAGCCUGUUCUGGUGAUAAUGUGUUGAAAAGUGAACUGGACAUCUCUUGCAAUUUCAUUUUGCUAACAGAAUUUCAUGUAUUUGCUAUCCCAACAGGAAACUCUUAGAUAGUGAAGCCUUAGACACACAAGCUGAGAUAUUCCCAGAAGUGUUUGGAAAACGGGAGAAGUUAGUAAUUUCUGUGAAGUAUCUUUUGUUAACCCUUUAUUCUGUUCAGGAGCUUUCAAUCAUUUAAAAUUGAAGGCAGUUUUAUACCCAAAUGGCUUGGUCUAAAAGACUUUUAUAUUAGGCAUAAUAACAAUGAUUAUGAGAAUAAUGAUGAUGAUGAUGAUGAUCAUAAUGACAAUAACAAAUAUGAAGGUGCCAUCCAAAGUCUAAGUGGUUCUAACUAACUUCCUUUAAUUGAUAUUUUUAUUUUGUCUCUUUGACCAUACCCAUGGGUGCUGUUGUAAAGUAAUGAUUUAUUUUCAUUUUUCUCCAGGUGCACACCAGAUAUGGAGCUUCACCUUGAUAUACCAACCCAUGACUGGCUUCCAAUAUGACAUCUCUUAGAGAUUACUUUCUCCACAGAUGAAUCAGAAUCUGAUUUUAAUGUUUGUGUCUUCAGUAUGACAAAUGUGUAAAGAAAGUUUAAACAUUCAGUACAAAGUAACUUUUACUUUUUCGUUGUAAACAUGUUCACAACUUGACCCCUCCACUUUUGUUGCUGCAAAACCCUUUGCUACUCAUCAAACUUUCAGUGCAAUGCUUUACAUCAGAUUUCUUUUAGUUUUCCUGUGGUAUUUUGGCAUGUUUCUUCUCACCAUUGUACUGAAUUACUCUCAAGAAUAGAGAUGUGUUAUGUAAUUAAAAGGAAACUUCAAGCAAAGCUGAUGUUAAGAUUUUGUGCUAAUGAAAACUGUUGAAUUAUCUGCAAAAAAUAGAAGUGAGCAUUUUCUAAAUUAACUGAACAAGAGGUGUCCAUUGUGAUACAUUAAUGUAUUUUCCCCUCAUAUUUUAAGUUUUUUAUGACUGCGUGUAAGAAAUUUACUAAGUGUAUCUAAACUGAUAUGAGAGUCUUGAUUGUCAAAUUUUGAUUUUGGAAACUCAAAAUUUUAUUUUAAUGUGGAAUAUAGGUAAUGGAAAAAAUGAAGGUAAUGAAAACUUGAAGUAAUUCUUAGCGAAAUGGCGGUGGUGUUUGGAAAAUGGUCGAAUGCCCGUGCAUCUCUGGAAAAACUGCGUGAUAAAGCGCACGGGGAAGGCAAGGGGCCUAAAACUGUUGCAUACACCCCAAAAGAACCUAAAAUGAUAAUCCGUUGUUCGUUUGUUUUUAUAUGACGUACCUUUCUAUCACUACCCACAUCUCAUUGCGUGCUACGGAUGAACGUUUAGCAUUCCGCCAUCUUGCCGGAUUUCGAUUCACGGAUCUUUCUUAUCAUGGCAAGCUUAUUGAGAAUGGGUGCUUUACCUCGAAUGUACGCUAGAGUUGCCUGUAGAUCAAUCCAGACGUCAGCAGCCCGUAAAUAUUAUCCAGUUCCAAAGAUCAGACCAGAGUACGGGUCUGAACUAGCCGCGCUGCAAGCCAAGGAACAGGGUCCGUGGACCGAGCUCACAAUACAGGAGAAAAUCGAUUGUGAGUUAUUUUAUUUAACCGCGUUUACUGAUAUACAUUUUUUUAUGUUCACUCAGAAUAAUUUGAGAUCACUUUAAAUAUCAGCAGUCGAGUUCUUUUAACAUUUUUAGUUCAUAGUAAGCCUACUUUCGGUAGGAGUUAAUUUGUACAUGUACGUCAUAUUGAUUCACUUGUUACACUGAAGGUUGGAGAUUAACGUGAGUGAGUUGAAAGCAAGUGCAUAUCUUCUCUGGCAAUGAAGUGAAAGAGAAACAGUAGUGGCGACUGUAUUUUGAUAUGAGUUAAUUCCAAAGGGUUCAAGAAUGUGAUUUUGCCGUUGAAUCUCGAGUCGUAAUUGUAGUCGUUUAACUGAGCGUUCUACAUUGAUAUAUAUAUAUAUGGCAACGGUUUGACGGGACAACCACAGUAGGAGUGAGGAAAGGUUGAAAUGAUAUUCUUGGUCCAAACUAGUGAUAUGGGCUAGUUGUGGUGAAAGUACACAAAGUUUUAAUAUUGGUGUGAUUGAAAGGAACUGAACUAUUACACUUGCACAGAUUACUCAAGACUGUAAUUGUAGACUAUACGAGAUCUUAAGCAUUUAAGGUUUUUUGGUUUGUUAAAUCAAAAUUUUGCGUCUUAAUUGUCUUGAGGGUAAAAAAUUUAAAUGUUUCAUGAGCUGAAAGCUCUUGAUUUUCAAGUAUUAUACUGCUAUAACAACAUCUCUCUGGAAUCAGUCUUUCAGAAACUGUGGCUCAUUGCAUACACAUGAAUAGUUUUAAUUUCAUGUAAUAACUAUUUGAUUUUUCUUAGUCUUUUGCUUUGAAAGUGUGUGAUAUUAAGGAGGAAGGCAGUAACUGUUCACAAAGAUUUAUCCACUUGCUCUUUUGCAUUUCUAGUGUACAAAGCUCAGUUUCCUAAAACUAUAGCAGAGGAGAAGACAGAGGAGCCUUAUGUAAAGAAGAUGAUUGGAAUGCUCUCUAUUUUGAUGGCUGUUUCAGUUGGUCUUUUUGCAUUUCUAAAAAAAUAUG